AUGCCUGCUCUGAACCCCUUGUUCCUGUACCUGGCGCUGGGCGCUCAAGCGGGUGGCAUCACAGACCACCCGAGGUGGCAGGCAAAGGAGGCGCUGCUCUCGAGCAGACCCCUGGGCCAAGUGCGGCCGGAGCCGGCAGCCCUGCGUGCGCGAAGCGCCGACACCGACACCGAUGAUGAGGUUCGGAAGCCGAAGAGUUGGUUGCUGUCCUCGGAGGGCGUGCCGUGCCAGCUGCCGUUUUGGCACCAGGGGAAGCGCUUUGAGGGGUGCCACCCGGAGGGCUGGUGCUGCUUAGAUGGCCAAUGCGCGCACCGCGGGGCCUGCGCCUCUGCUGAGAAGCGCCAGCUGCCAUUGCAGCUGCCGCAGGAUCAGCCAACGACGUCGUGCUCGCUGGAGGCAUUGGGCGGAAGCUUCGAAUGGCAGCCACACGCCGCAGGGAACACCGUCUUCCUGCUGUCGGGCGAGGGGUGGGCAGACGAGGAGUUGCAGCCGGUGGUAGAGCUCAGCCAGGACUUGGACAUCGAAGUGGUGCUGCUGAGUUACAAGCUGACCAGCGAGGAAGUCCGUGAAGUCAUGGUUCAGACUCAGGAGCAGCUGCGGAGGCUGGCGGCCAACGUGUCUGCCCCGCGCGCGGAGCAGAGCUUCUUCCUGGCGCUGACGCCAGCCUGGCUUUUGUCGCACGAAAGCUGCUGGCUGACCUCCGUGACGCAUGCCUGGAGCGCGCCGCAGCCGCGGCUCUGGGCGUCCUGGGGAGAGGACAGCCUGGCGACAGCCCUGAAAGGCACCCGCGGCGACUGGGGUGAGGCCUCAGUCGAGGGCCUGGAGUUCCCGUUGCGGGCGGCGGGCAGCUCGCUGUGUGACGACUCGGCGCCGGACCUGGCGGGGACCAUGGCUUUGGUCCCGCGGGGCGAGUGCUCCUUUUAUCACAAGGCGCGGCGGGCAAAGGAACUCGGCGCGCAGGCGGUGGCCAUCUAUAGCCAAGAUGAGCAGGCCAUCGAAAUGGGCUGUGCUGCGCCGGACCCCUGCGGCGAGAGUUUGGACCUGGCAGUGGUGAUGACCACACGCUCGGUGGGCGAGGCCUUGGAAGAGGCAGCCAACAGCUCCAAAGCCGUCACGGUGCGACUGGGCUCUGAGCUGGUGGGCCCCAGCUUCGUGGGGGUUGUGCCCGGCGGCGGCCUGUGGGCGGCGGCCUCCGGAGCUGCAGAGGAGAUCAAAGGCAUGGAGUACCGGCGCAAAGUGCUGCAGCAGAAGCAGGAGAUGCAUGCUGCGGAGGAUGUUCUAAGAGUCGAAGUGUUCCAGGAGCAGUGGCUACCAGGGGGUCUCACGGCUUCCUGGGGUGCAGAGCAGGCGCAGCUGGUCAGGGCCAAGGGCUACAGCGAGCUGGAGGUGGAACUGGCGCUGGAGUGCAAAGAUCACUUGGAUGCGAACUGCCCGCCCUGGGACCACGAGCUGAACCUCUACCUCUGCAUCGAGGGCAUUUCCUCGAAGCCCAACUGCCACGACCGCCGCACUUCCGUGGGCAGGUGGGUCACUCCCUACGGCCGCGAAGGGCACUGGCUCAGCAACGCAUCAGCUGCGAUUCCGUUGCUGACGUCCGUAAAGGCGUUGGAGGGCUUGAGCACGUUGCACCUGCACACCUGGCAGCAUUACUCCGUGUCUCUGGUCUUUUGGUUCAAGCGCCCUUCCCAGCUGGUGCCUAUGUCUCAGAUGUCUCUGUGGGUUGGUGGGCCCUUCAACUUGGGCUACAACCCUUCGAGGCCGCCCGUCACUUUCGACCGGCCGGCCUUUGCCGAAAAGGUGGUCCUGAGCACACUCAUCACGGGCCACGGGUGGGGCGUGGAUGAGGCGAACUGCGCGGAGUUUUGCGACCACACGCACCACUUCGCAGUGAACGGAGAUUGGAACGAGGCCCUCAGCAGAAGCCACCCGGGAGCUGGGACUUCGGAUGGGUGCAAGGCGAAGGUCCUGCAAGGAGUGGUGCCCAACCAAUUCGGCACUUGGCCCUUUGGCCGGGCCGGUUGGUGCCCUGGCCAGCAUGUGGACUGGUGGGACGUGGACGUGACCUCUUGGCUGAAAUCGGGAGAGAACACCAUCGCGUACCACGCCUUCUUCAACGGGACCGACUACCAGCCAGAGCCCAGCAGCGAUGGCAAUAGCCUUGGCUUUGAUGCUGAGAUCCACCUCGCCUCGGUGCUGACCUUCUAUGGCAGCGCAAGGGAGGCGGCAGUGGCGGACUUUGACGCCGCGCUGCGCGAAGAGCCAACUCCAAGAAAGGCGCCCUCAACACCUGCCGAUCGGCAUGGGCUUCUCCAUCCGCUAAGCCCGCGGCAAGCGGCGGCGCUGGCGAGCCGCGGCGCGGCAAGGCGAGCACAGAAGCGCUACGAGGAGGCCAUUGCGGACUACAACCAAGCACUGGCGCUGGAACCUGGAAACGCCGCCGUCCUUUGCGGCCGCGGGGUGUGCCACUUCGAGUUGGGCAGCCAUCAGGCCGCCGGGAGAGACUUCAGGCAGGCCCUAGCGCGCAACCCAAGAGACGCCUUUGCCAAGACUAUGCUCCAGAAGGUACCUGAAGUUCCUGAAGAGCAAGAAGAGCAGAGGCAGCCGUACAUGGAUGUGGUGGCAAGCCCGAUUUCACCAUCGACCUCGUCGGCAGAGGAGUCUCCCGCCGAGGCCGCGGAGGCAGAGGCGGCUGAGGCAGAGGUAGCUCAGGCAGCUGAGGCUUCGGUGUGGCCGCCUCCGAUGUCGCUGGUACCCCCUCACAUCGUGGCGGCCUGGAGCAUCCAGGCAGCCGAAGCCAUGGUGCAGCUUGCGGUGCCGGCGGGGUGCAAUUUGGACGACCCCUCGAGCGAGGUACGAUCGCCGAAGUUCUCGAUGCAGGAGGAAAUGGAGGAAUGGUCGCUGGCAUCAGUGGACACGCAGGUGCUUCAGGGCAGCUUCCCGCCCAAGGGGCAAAAUGCGACACCGGAGACCCCCAAAGCGCCGGCGGACGCGGACGCCAGCGCCAACCUGACAUUCCAGUCGAGCGUGUCCGCGAAGCUCGCGAAAGUGCCAGCGAGGGCGCCAAAGAGAGCGAGCAAAACGGAGCCACUGCCGCAGCGCUCGAGCAGCCGGCUGCAGGCCAAAAAGGCCCUGGCUGAGGCUGUUCCAAAGACGCAGCCGAAAGCCAAGGGCGAAGCCAAAGCAAAGGCCAAAGCGAAGGCCAAGGAGAAGGCAAAAGGCAAAGCCAGGGCCGUGCGGGACCUGAGCUGA